AUGACUGUUGAGAACAAGAUGCCAGCGGUGGAGGCAAACCUGCUGCUUAGACAGCUGCUUCACCAAUAAACUCCGAGUUAAGCCAUCAUGCCUUUGCCAGCUUUGAUGUCAAAUUACACUGUGAACACUGGAGAUGAAUCAAUGUUGAUCAAACACAGAUAGCUGAAUUAAUUCCUGAUAAAACAUUGUCAGAAUCUGUCAUGAACCUUUAUAAUAAAUGGUUUUGUAAUCUGUUUUAAUUGCUUGAAUAUAAUUAAAUAUUGGAAAAUGACAGCUAUUAAAGAAACACAGUAAACUAUGCACAAGGUAAUUCCACUGGGGAAUAAUAGGCUUCAUUCAUGAAUUCAUCAAGUAUUCAUACAUUCAAAUGAUAUAAAGAUGUUUUAUUUUGUGUUGGAAACUACAGAUUAAUCUUGCUUUAACUAGUGUGCCAUCGAAUUACUAUACACUGCAUAGUAUCUUGACUUUGUGUCCAGAUGUAUACAACAUAGAUGUGUGUGUUGUUAAGUGUUAUUGUUUAGUGAGAUGUUUCAUAAUGACAUUGUCUCUGCGAACCUGUGGCCACACAUGAUUUUGGUUGGUUGAUGAGAAAAUGAUUGGUACUGGCUGUAAUUUGGUCGCCAAAGGACUCUUCUGUAAGUUGACAAUAUUUAUUUCUUUAUCAUACAGUAAAUUGUGAAGUAUAAUAUACUAAUGUUUUCGGAAAGGCAGUAUUCUGUUGUUGACAUUUUACAAAAUGAUAUGUGAACUUGCCAGUGUUGUAGGCUGUUCAUAAUUAUUCAUUAUUGUGAUUUGUGAUCGUUUUCUGACUCCAUGCUUUACAUUUAACUAGUACUGCAAAUUAGUCACUAAUGUCAAGAUUGCAAAUAGAUAUUUUAUAAUAAAUAUACACAUGUGCAGCAAGGAUGUAUGUGUUGUUUUAUUUGAUCCAGGUCCUGAUGAGGUGACAUUUGGGCAGGAAGGUUAAAAGCAGAGACUUUGCCUGGAUGUCACUGCUUCCCCUUCACCUCUACAUCCAGAGAACGGCACAACACCUGAAGUGGCUUUUCUCCGGGGUGGCCUGCUGGUGUGAGAAUAGUGCGAGCUGAACGUUGAAGAGGAACAACUGCGCAUGCUGCGUUUCCAACCGGAUGACUUUAGCAGGAGCACCAGGUCAGAGCUAACGCUACACAGCACGUCAACACAGAGAGCUGCUCUCUGCACACAUCUCUCAGCUGGUUAAGAUAAACUGUAUGUGUGUUCAGCAUGUGUAACUGGACGAGUAGUUUAUAUGAGUAGAGGAAUAUCUUUAACAUAAUAACUUGUUUAGCUCACAAACAGGAGCUGUCUUUGUUUACUAACCUUAGUUAGCCCACGUGUGUUGAAGGACGUGGAGAAACAGCAUGUUUUGCUGUUGUGCAUCAGCUGAUUGAUCUCAGGCUGUAGUCAGAUCUCUGUCUGUGAGUGAUUGAUACUUUACAUGCAGUUUAGGUGAUAAAAACACAAACAGCAGCAAAAAGGUGAAUCUGCUUUUUUUGCACAAGUCAUGAAGGAGUUUCUGAGGAAGACGCACAACAUCUUCCUAAAGGUCGUCUUGUUUCCGAGCACGUUUGGCCGGACCGGCCCGCGGCCAGCUGCCUCAGAGGUGUUGACCUGCCACCUGCUGCAGCGUAAACUCCCACCAUGGACUUCCUUCUGUGUCCGCUACAGCUCCGUCCACAACGACCAGUUUGGACUGUCCAACUUCAACUGGAGCGUCCAGGGAUCCAACUAUCAAAUACUGAGGACAGGCUGCUUCCCCUUUAUUAAAUACCACUGUAGCAAAGCGCCUCCGCAGAACCUGGACUUUGAGGACAAGUUUUUCACCGUGUUGAAAGUUCUUAAUCUAGGCAUCCCUUGUUUGGCCUAUGGCAUCGGUUGCUGGAUGGUGGUGGGAGCUGCAGAAAAGGUGCAGACAAGUGUUGGACCUGUCACCGUCUAUUUCGCCUACAAAGAAGAUGAAGGCGCUCAGUACUAAACCGUGAACAAAACACUACUUUGAGUGUGUUUUCAAGAGCCUCUCGUCUGCCAGGCUGCUGUAUUUACAACAGUUCCCCAGGUGAUUUUCAGGCGGACCUAUUGACUCAAGUGCCAUCUUGUGUCACUAGUGCUCUUGUUGUCUGACUGCACAGGGUCAUUUGUGUUUAAUUAUUUAAGAUUUAAAAGUUGCAGUGGAGGAGUCAGUUAUGCAUGUUAUUACACUGACAUACAAUACUAAAACUGACAGUGUUUGUUCGGAAAGGUAACUUUCCAUUAAAAUUGAAUGGAAAGUUUAGGAUUUCUCAAAGAAUAGACUGUUUGACACCAAACCUUUUCCUGGAUGUUUUCACAGUGAUGAUUGUGUACGCUGUAUCAGCCUCCAGUGCAUAUGUCUUCAGAGUCAAUACGUUGUAAAAGUCUAUUUUUGCAACAUAUUAAAGUGUACAAAAUGAC